GGUAUGAUGCGACUCCACUAGGACGUGGGAACCUUCUCGAUUUGAGGAGAUCUCGGGAUUGGACCUGAUUUCAUCUGUGGCUAUUAACGGGAUACAGCUGUCUGUACGUAUAGAAUAAUAUCUACAUCUGUAUAAUGCCGACACAUCUGAGAUUUCGGAGAAGGUCAUUUCUCGGGCUCUUAUUUCUCUUCUCGCUGUCCACAUCUGCCUUCUACUUCAUUUAUUCAGCUCCUGGUAUAGUUAAUGAAUACCUGUUCAUGGUUCAAGCCCAUGGCAUUCAGAUCUGUGAGAAUGUGAAGAAUAUUGGUGCACAGGUUAUUGAGCAGGUGGUGCGCAGCGCCUACAACAUCAACAGUACAGACUACACAUAUGAGUUUAAUUUGAGUGAGACAGAUGUGCCCACCACUCCAUUCCUCCCUGAGGACUUUGUGUACAUGCCGGAUCAGGUCUGCCCCGAGAAAUUUCCCUCCAUGAAAGGUCGUGUGAAGGUGAACAUGAGUGAAGUUGGUCUAGUGGACGUGGAGAAGCUUCUGAAGGAGGCCGAUCCCAGUCUGAGCCGCGGAGGCCACUGGAAACCCCAAGACUGCCUCCCACGCUGGAAGGUGGCCAUUUUGGUUCCCUUUAGAAAUCGUCACGAGCACCUGCCGAUACUCUUCCGUCACCUGAUCCCAGUGUUGCAGAGACAGAGACUGCAGUUCGCAUUCUACGUCAUUGAACAGGCUGAGAAUGAAGCAUUUAAUCGCGCCAUGCUGUUUAACGUCGGUUUUAAAGAGGCCAUGAAGGACUUGAACUGGGAUUGCGUAAUUUUCCACGAUGUUGACCACCUUCUGGAAAAUGAUCGCAACUACUACGGCUGUGGUGAAAUGCCAAGACACUUUGCGGUUAAACUCAACAAGUACUCAUACAUGCUUCCGUAUGAGGAAUUCUUUGGUGGUGUCAGUGGACUCACUGUGGAACAGUUUCAAAAGAUAAACGGUUUUCCAAAUGGAUUCUGGGGCUGGGGAGGCGAGGACGAUGACCUUUGGAACAGGGUUCAGUUUGCCGGCUACAACGUGAGUAGGCCGCCUGGAGAAUUUGGCCGUUAUAUGUCCAUACCGCACCACCACCGAGGGGAAGUCCAGUUCCUGGGCAGAUACAAGCUGCUUCGAAGAUCCAAGGAGAGACAGAGAAUGGAUGGCUUGAAUAACUUGAAUUACUCCCCCCUAGUGUCCCAGAGGAGUCUCUACACUAAUGUUUCAGUGACGCUCAGUCGAGAACUGGCCCCCGUUGCGGACUACUGACCUCAUACCAGGGACACUCAUAUUCUCUCUGGCUAGCAUGGCCACAUGCCUAAUCACCAUUUUGAGCCUAUUUUUUUACAAAAGAGAGAGCUGGAAAUUGCUAAAGCUCAUCAACACUCAAAGCUAUUUUCUUUUCUUAAAUUUUUUUACAGCAUUUCCUCCCAUUUUCUUUUUUUUUUUUUAAAGAUUACAUCACAUUUCACCUCAUUUGUGCUUUAUGUGGAUCAAUUGAUCUUUUGAUACUCUUUUAUUGCUCAUCUAUCAUCUAAAUGGAUCCAUUCUGAGGAUAUAAGACCCUCACCGCUGGUGAGGAGUCACAUGUUUACAGCAAGAGUGAGAAAAGCUAGUGAACUAGUUAAUAUGCCUAACAACUUCAGAAUAGCCAUCACAGGAGCUGCGCCAGAAACAAACACAGCUGGUACUGUGUUAGAAUAGAAACAAAUAAUUGCAGAUGAAACUAAUCAUGAAAUAUACAAUAAACAAGCAUGCACUAACAUUAUAGGGAGAGUGUGUGUGUAUUCGCAAGUGUGUGAGUGAUGAAGUGCUCAUGAAACAUGGCGUAGUUAUCAAAGCUGCAUAGUAAAAACAUGCUAACUUACAGGUAUGUAUAUAUAUAUAUAUAUAUAUAUAUAUAUCGCAAGUUGUCAUGGCAGUUUUUCUCGAUAUUAUGACAUCAACACUGAAAGCAAGAGCUACCAUGUGCUUAACAACCCGAGCAUUGGCUAUUUUCGGAUUAUAAUGCUAAUGUACUGCUCACUGCAUACCUCACAGUAUACACUGUAUGAAAACAGUAUGUGAAGCUAUGCAUUAUGCAGUGAUAAACAUUUUAAACAUUGUUGUCACAUGACCGUGUUUAAUUUAGAAAAUUGCGUCCAGCUAUAAUCUUGAAAAUAAACAUGGUUAUUUUGCAUUUUCACAUCCACAUUCCCAAUUCCCAAACAACAAACCAAAUAUUGAUAACAAGACCGAUAUUAAUUCUGGUUUGUUCAUCACACUGGAACAUAUAGCAUACAGUAUUUCUUGCAGUUUGCUCUGCUGUAUACUGCUCAUUUUGGUAAAUGGAGUAUGUCAUCUGAGGAUUCCAAUGCAAUUGGCACAGUUGACAUGCAAUACACUGCAGAAGUAGUACAUGUGGCAGGAUAGUAUGCUAUUCCGAACAUGGCCUAGCUCAAUACUUUAAAGGAGAAGCUGCAGGAUACAUGUCUUGUGACUUAGACUAGGACUAGGUGACUUGAUAGAUUCACAAUUUGAUAUCCAGUCAAGCUGUUUGUGUGUGUACAUCUGUUGACUGCUUAAAACACAGGGCUCUCUGUCAAACAAGCAUUUUGUAGCUUGUGUUUACAGAGGGUCCCCCCCCAUUUAGUUUCCACAGUAGGAGUGUUACCCAUGCCCUGCCCACCUUGGUCAAAUCAGUGUACUUUGGAUUUAAGCAAUAUGCUGCUGCCUCUCUAUUGUAAAAUGUUUGUUUAAUCACCUUUGGGUAUUAACAAAAGGCACUGAUGAUAUUGUGUGUGUGUGUGUGUGUGUGUGUGUGUGUGUGUGUGUGUGUGUGUGUGUGUGUGUGUGUGUGUGU